AUGGAUUGGGUGCUGGCUGUUUUCAUUUAUCGAACUUUAUCGAUUGCUUCCUUGAGCGAUCAGUUACUUUUUGACAUUUACCCAAGACUAGAUAAAAGCAAAAUUGGCAUUAUUUCAACCAAUAAAAGAAUUUAA